UAUAAAGAAGCCAUCAUGGAAAUAUCGAUAGACUCCGCAUCAGACAUUGCUUCCUUGUCUGAAGACUCAAGAGAUAAUUGAAUAAUAUACAAGGUCUACCUUGGAAUGCUUGUAUUUCUUUCAGUAAUAACAGUAGUGCUAACAUGCUGGUGGACUACCAAAUUCUUAUUGAUCUUUAAAACCAGGAAGAAACUCACAACUCUGUUUUUGUUCCUACUGACCCUCUCUUCAAUCGCAAGGCUUGGGUAUUUCAUAAUGGAAAUUGUUUGGAGGCAAGGAAAUUGCAGCAGCUCUCCUUCAAGAUGAGGAGAGGCUCCAGUUUAUUGGCUUUCAUCAACCUUAUUCUCUUCUGCUGUGGUUGUAAAUAUUUUUAAUUGGGUCUACCAAACUUUAAGAAUGAAGAAGUUUAUUACUGGGGUGAGGCAAAAGCAGAUUUUAUGACAUAUAAUCUUUGCAACCUUAUCAGGAAUAGUUCUCCUUGCCUAUUUGAUAUUUGUAAUUUCUGUUUGAGCACUUGCAAGAGUUGAUGUGAUUCUUGCAAGAAUCUUCACGCUUAUCUAUGCUAUCACGUUCUUCUUAAUUGGCUUGAUCUUUAUAUUCAUUGGAUGGAGGUUUUACAAGGAGUUCAAAAAGUUCUACGAAGACAAGACCAAAGCUAUAAGAAACAGAGUCUUCAUGAGCAUCUUAGUAAUUUCUACAACAUUUAUUUUAAAAGGGAUUGUAAAUGUCGCUUACUACUGGGCUGACGUGAAUAUCAAAUUCAGAUCUGAAUGGUUAAAACAAAAUGCUUUCUGGUAUCCUCUUCUGUUGCUUGUCUAUUUCGGGCUCACAGAGAUCCUCCCAACAGCUUUCCUCUGAAUGGGAAUCAGGAAUAUAUACCACCAAAUUGAGAGAAAGAAAGAAAUUGAGCCCUCAUACAACCUUGCAAUGACAACAUCAUCCACCGAAUCCCUUGCAGAUACCUACUUAUCAAACUCAGUGGUCACAAUAAAUCGAGUUUCUAUGAACACCACCACAUAACUAAAUUUCAGGUAUCAAACCUCCAAAUUCAA